CGCGGGGUCUUGGGUUUCUGGGCAGCGACCGGCGCGGUGCAGUCUGGGCUAACAUGGCCGCUUCCGGUCUCCUUCCCAGGCCGGCGCUGGCCUGACUUCGGCCCCUGCCUAGCGCACUUCGCACUCCGUCCUCAGCCCUCCUGCGCGGCAGCCUAAGAGGUCACUUCAGCCCUUCUCUCCGGCUGUCCCUGCCGCGUCAUGGAGAAGAGCUCGAGCUGCGAGAGUCUUGGGUCCCAGCCCGUGGUGGUUCGACCGCCCAGCGUGGACUCCCUGUCCAGUUAAUGUGUUAAGAGCCAUUGGCAUUUGAAGAUCAUCAGAAGUGAAGAUAAAACAUCUCAAAAAUUAUAAUCGCCUCCACUUCUCAUUCAGAGAAUUCAGUACAUACAAAAUCAGCUUCUGUUAUAUCAUCAGAUUCCAUUUCAACUUCUGCAGACAACUUUUCUCCUGAUUUGAGGCUCCUUGCUCAUGGCUCCCUAGAAAGGGAGACGAAAUCUACAGAGACAAAGUAAAACUAGGGACUCCAGAGAGCUUCAAGGAGAAACACAGCAGAGGAAUGAACCAGUGGGUGCUGUAAGCUACAGGAAGAGCAUGGGAUUCUGCUCCCAUAUGAGUCCUUUGACAGACAACAAUUGGUCCUGAGAGAGUCUAACAAAUUAGCAGAAAUGGAAGAACCACCCUUGCUUCCAGGAGAAAACAUUAAAGACAUGGCCAAAGACGUAACUUACAUAUGUCCAUUCACUGGUGCUGUUCGAGGAACACUGACUGUCACGAAUUACAGGUUAUAUUUCAAAAGCAUGGAACGGGACCCUCCAUUUGUUUUAGAUGCUUCUCUUGGUGUGAUAAGUAGAGUAGAAAAAAUCGGUGGUGCUUCUAGUCGAGGUGAAAAUUCCUAUGGAUUAGAAACCGUAUGCAAGGAUAUUAGGAAUUUGCGAUUUGCUCAUAAACCUGAGGGGCGAACAAGAAGAUCCAUAUUUGAGAAUCUGAUGAAAUAUGCAUUUCCUGUCUCUAAUAACCUGUCUCUUUUUGCUUUUGAAUAUAAAGAAAUAUUCCCAGAAAAUGGAUGGAAGCUAUAUGACCCUCUUUUAGAGUAUAGAAGGCAGGGAAUUCCGAAUGAAAGCUGGAGAAUAACAAAGAUAAAUGAACGAUAUGAACUUUGUGAUACAUAUCCUGCACUCUUGGUUGUGCCAGCAAAUAUUCCUGAUGAAGAAUUAAAGAGAGUGGCAUCCUUCAGGUCAAGGGGCCGUAUCCCAGUUUUAUCAUGGAUUCAUCCUGAAAGUCAAGCCACAGUCACACGAUGUAGCCAGCCCAUGGUAGGAGUGAGUGGAAAGAGAAGUAAAGAAGAUGAAAAAUACCUUCAAGCUAUCAUGGAUUCCAAUGCCCAGUCACACAAAAUCUUUAUAUUUGAUGCCCGACCAAGUGUUAAUGCUGUUGCCAAUAAGGCAAAGGGUGGAGGUUAUGAAAGUGAAGAUGCUUAUCAAAAUGCAGAGCUAGUUUUUCUGGAUAUCCAUAAUAUUCAUGUUAUGAGAGAGUCAUUACGAAAACUUAAGGAGAUUGUGUAUCCAAAUAUUGAAGAAACUCAUUGGCUGUCUAACUUGGAAUCUACACAUUGGCUAGAGCAUAUUAAGCUUAUUCUUGCAGGGGCUCUUAGGAUUGCUGACAAGGUAGAGUCAGGGAAGACUUCUGUGGUGGUACAUUGCAGUGAUGGUUGGGAUCGUACAGCUCAGCUAACUUCCCUUGCUAUGCUCAUGUUAGAUGGAUACUAUCGAACCAUCCGAGGAUUUGAAGUCCUUGUGGAAAAAGAGUGGCUAAGCUUUGGACAUCGAUUCCAACUAAGAAUUGGCCAUGGAGAUAAGAACCAUGCAGAUGCAGACAGAUCACCUGUUUUUCUUCAGUUUAUUGACUGUGUCUGGCAAAUGACAAGACAGUUUCCUACCGCAUUUGAAUUCAAUGAGUAUUUCCUCAUUACCAUUUUGGACCACCUAUACAGCUGUUUAUUUGGAACAUUUCUCUGUAACAGUGAACAGCAGAGAGGAAAAGAGAAUCUUCCUAAAAGGACUGUGUCAUUGUGGUCUUAUAUAAAUAGCCAGUUGGAAGACUUUACUAAUCCUCUCUAUGGGAACUAUUCCAAUCAUGUCCUUUAUCCAGUAGCCAGCAUGCGCCACCUAGAGCUCUGGGUGGGAUAUUACAUAAGGUGGAAUCCACGGAUGAAACCACAGGAACCUAUUCACAGCAGAUAUAAAGAACUUCUUGCUAAACGAGCAGAGCUUCAGAAAAAAGUGGAAGAACUACAAAGAGAAAUUUCCAACCGAUCAACCUCAUCCUCAGAGAGAGCCAGUUCUCCUGCACAUUGUGUCACUCCUGUCCAAACUGUUGUAUGAAAGAACUAUUAGAUUAGGGGCAUCAUCGCUAUGAACUCAUUACAGUGGCAGCUUUAUGAGUAGAAAUUCUUCCGUAUUUGAACACUGUUACGAGAGAAAAAGUUCAGAUACUUUAUUUUGUCUAAGAUGAGUUUAGAACUAUGGCAGUAUGGGUGGCUCCAUUUGUAAUUAUACAUUUAUGACACUAAUCUUAUGUCACCCAAAAGAUACUAAAAUAUUUCAAUUCUGGAUCCAUAGUGGGAAAUACUUUGGGAUCUGGAUAAGAGCAAAAUACAAACCACUUUAGAAAUAUACCACUGGAUGGAAGAAAGCUCACUGCACAGAGAAAUGUUUUCAGACCAAAUUGACAUUGAAAUUUUGUGAUAUAUUGCCUUGCUGUAUGACAGAUUAAAAUUAUAUAAUAUUCCUUUCAUUUAUUGUAAUUGAUUGAAAGUGAUCCACUUUCAACCUCCAUGUUUUUAAGAGUACAAGGCACAAAUAUAAGAAUGUUAUGGUAUAGUUAAAAAUUGCUGCUAACAUUGUUUAUAUGCUUUACUAGUGUUUUAGAUAGCUGUUCCACAAUGAUGCUUUAUAGACCUGUUUUGGGGAGGAUGAAAGGGACAAAGCAGCAGCCAUUAUGAAUUGAAAGAAUUCCAUAUGCUUCAAAAUUUGUCCAGUUACAAGAAACAUCAUGAAAAGUAUUUUAACUUUUGUGGGGGGGGCGGUACUGGGGAUUGAACUCGGAAGCUUGCGCUUGCAAGGCAGGCGCCAUAACCACUGAGCUAAAUCCCUGGCCCAUGAAAAGUAUUUUAAAAACUCAUUUAUCCCACUUUAUUUUACUUAAUGCUAACUGGCAAGUUCUAAGGCAAUAUAGACUUCUUAAGUUUGUAUAGUUUAUGGUGGUAAGUUGUGCUCAAAACUUAAAUUAGUUUACUAUUUUCCUUUGCAAAUUCUAUAAUUCCAUCAAAUGAUUAAGUCUACCAAAGAAUAUAUUGCAUGUAAAGAUGAAUACAGUCUCAGUGCCAGUAAAAGAAAUCUUGCUUCACUAUUCGCCUGAGUUUGGUGCUGGUUUAAACAUUUGACUCCCAAAUGUCUACUUUAUAUAUAAAGAGCCAUACGUAAUGUACUGUAACAAAGGAGCUUCUUAUCCCUUGGUCUUUUAAUUAAAAGAAAUUUCAACUAAUUUAAAACUU